CUUCUAAAUUUAAUGGUUUCAGUUCACACGUGACUUUCAAAAGUUGUAUUAAAAUUUUCGCCAGACCAUGAGUGAGGAAGGUAUCUGGAUGGGACGCCACAAUAAAACACGUUUUGCAAUAUGUCACUUAUCAUUAGGUCAUCUGAGAAUCUCAAAUGCUUUGUUCUACUAAUCUUAUCGACACUACCUCAGAUGACGUACCCAGUACCAUUUUGAUAUAAAGAGUAUUGGUUUCAUAAAAAUACUUCAAUCUUUGUCCGUAACGUAGGUACUGAAAAAAUGAAGCAACCAUCUUUUAUCACAGUUCUUAAGCUUACUGUACUUCACUGUAUUAUCACGGUCAACGUUGUCAAUUCUUAUGCUGAUUAUCGGCAAGCACCACAGAGAGAUGAUAAUGAAAUUUGCAAGUCGACUACUCUUCCACUUGGAUUGACAUGCAAAUCCUGCUCGGAGAUAGGCAGAUGCGUCUGUGAGAGUCCUGGUACUAACUGCAAAAUACAUCCGAUAGGAACGUGUUCGACUGGAACGUUCUGCGACAAGGGAAAAUGUGUGACGGGUACCGUGUGUAUUCCCACCGAAGUACCUCCGUUUGGUUGUUCUUCCACUGGAAUCUUUCCCGAUCCUUACGACUGCGAGUCGUAUCACUUCUGCUUACCGCCAAAGACUGUGGGAGAACCAUUGGAGCACAGAGCUGCUAAAUGCAAUAAGGAUGGAGAACAGAGUUAUGGUUAUAAUCCGAUUACAACGUUCUGUAGUACCAAGUUGGUCAAUAACAAGUGCAGCGCCAUGCCGAUUCCAUUUUGUAAAAAAGAAUUAGACAAAGGAAUAGUUGGAAACAAUCCGGGAUUGCAUUAUAUGUGCUUAAAGGCAGUGAUAGACGGUAAAUUAACAGAAACCUUGUAUCCUUAUCAAUUUGCUUGCCAAUUUGGAACAAAGUUCAAUGUUGCAGCAGGAGAAUGUAGAUAAGUCCUCAAAUUUAAGUUAAAAUGAGUGCGAUCGAAUGAUGUACACAAAACCAUUACGUAGAACUACACAUUCAAAUGAAAUUAAUAAAAAUUUGGAGUUCUUACCAAUUUAAA